AUGUCCGGUGGCGGUGUGAAGCGAGACCGUGACGGUCGCAUGAAGAAGGCGCUGGCGCCUGAUGCCCCCCGGGGACGCUUCCACACCAUGUUUGAGCAUUUCCGCGACGAACUGGACGAGCAUUACGAUCGCCGGGAGAGGAUCGUCAAGACCAGUCGCGACGUGACGGCUCAGAGCAAGAAAAUGGUUAAGACGCUCAACCAAGAUGUCCCGCCGCACAUACAAAAGGACAUUGACGCCCGCAUGGCCGACAUCACCCGGUUGCUCGCCGCCGUCGCCCCUGACUUGCAAUCUCUAAAUCGCCACCGCUAUACCUGGCCGAUGCGGUGUCUCGAGGAGCUCGUCGAGGCCCUCUCCUUUGCGUACUACCUGCAGCACCAGCGGCUCAUCACCCUCGAGCAAGCCCAGGCUUCCGUGCCGGUCGACAUCCGGCUCACGGCCCACGACUACAUGUUCGGCGUCUUCGACCUCUUCGGUGAGAUGAUGCGCUUCGCGACGGUGCAGCGCGCCCUCGUCGUCGGCGACAGCCAGAACAGGACGAUCCUGAGGGAUAUUCAGGAACUGGCUUGCGCCUUCGAGAUGCUGCCGAACGUGCCGACCAAAGAUUACCGUAACAAGAUGGAAACAAUGCGUCAGAGCGUGAGGAAGGUCGAGAACUUGGGCUACGGCCUCGUGGUGAGGGGAAGCGAGAGACCGAGCGGGUGGGUGCCGGAUAUGCAAGACCAAGGACCGGAACCCGUGUCGCCUGUCUGA